AUCAGUCAAGACCUGGCAUUGUUCGUGAAAGGUUUAUUGCAGUUCAUUGUCUUAAUAAUAAAGCGAAUAUAUAAAAAUAAAUAUAUAUAUAAAAAAAAAAGUAUAAAUAACAAGAGCGCAAACAAUUAGCCGCGAGUUAAAUAAAUAAACAAGUAGUUUAGUUUAUUUUAUUUUAUUUUAUUUAUGUAAAACAAACUUCUCGAAACGUCAAUACAUUUUUUGACAACCGUCGGAAUUUUAAUUAAAUAAUUUUUAAUUAAAAUUGCAUUAUAUUUUUUUAAAUUUUAAAUAAAAAAAUGUGCGGGGGUUUCACCUGCUCAAAAAAUGCCCUCACGGCCCUAAAUAUAUUAUAUAUUGUGGUGGCAUUCAUAUUAAUUGGAGUCGCAGUCUACGGUCGCGCCUCAGCGUUGGUAACAAACUUACCAAUAAUUGGUGGAAUUUUAGCAUGCGGAGUAAUUUUAAUCUUAAUAUCAAUACUGGGUCUAAUCGGAGCCGUAAAACAUCACCAAGUUCUUCUGUUUUUCUACAUGUUAAUUUUGUUCCUAUUGUUCUUGGUACAAUUCAGCAUUGCUUGCGCAUGUCUUGCUGUUAAUGCUAAACAACAGGAACAAUUAGCUGAACAAGGAUGGAAACACGUCGGAAUGGAUUUGAAAGCCAAAGUCCAGGCGAAUUUUGACUGCUGUGGAUUUAAUGACACUGAUACCAGCGGAUUUGAACCUAACAAAGACCACCCGUCAUGUGAAGCUGUCACGAAAAUUUGUUGUCCCGAGAGUUGGACAGACCCGACAUCGCAGUGCAAGUGCAAGCCGUGCAUGGAAAAAUUGCAGUCAACUAUCGACCACGCAUUCAAACUCUGCGGUGGGAUCGGUCUCUUCUUUAGCUUCACAGAGUUUGUCGGUGUAUGGUUGACGGUGCGAUACAGGAACCAAAAAGACCCACGGGCUAAUCCUAGUGCUUUUCUCUAGUCUAAUACCAUUACAAUGUCCCCUGUCACCUCGCACCAAUUUUUAAAUAGAUGGUGAUAGCAGCAUUUCUAGCAAGACGCUAUCGUAAUCAACUGGAUCCCCAUGAAAAAGCUGCGAGAGCCGUAUUCCCUCGUCAUAAUUAUCUAUAUUAAUUAAUUAAUUAAUUAAUCAGCCCUAAAUCUACCGAUAAUUUUUUUUUUUUAAUCAAACAGUCAUCAAUUGGAGAUUAAUAAUCAUAAUGAAAAAAAUUUUUUUCUAUUAGUUUAGUGUGUGCUCUAGUCAGCCACUAAUACCUACAAUUAUAAUAAUUAUUAUUAAUUAUUUAAUUAAUUGAUAAUAAUAAAUUAAAAGCAGAUGAAAAAAAGCCUCAAUGCGCCUUUAGUAGUUCGAGGAUAAAAAAAUUUAUUGAGCCCAUAAAAAAGAAUAAAAAUAAUCGGAUAUUUUAUUACACUAUUGACUAUAACUAUUAAUCAUUAAUUAUUAAUUAAUAAAUAUAUAUAGAUAUAUAUAUAUGAGUUUAAAGUGAAGUUUAUGUAGGAAAUUAAAUUUUUUUUUUUAAUUGACUGAUUAAGGUUGAGGACUUAGCAUUUAUGUAUCUAAUAAAUCUAUGAAAAUAUAAAAAUAUAUAUAUAGAGAGAGUGAGAAGUAUGAGUAAAUAUAUAUGAACUGAGUAGUUUGAAAGAUUUAGAGGCGUGGAGGGGAAGAUAUGAUAAAAAUGUAUGGGAAUAAAGUCGUUGGAAAUUUUUUGGGCUGCAAAAAAAAUCAAGAGUCUGUGGGGAUUUUUGAUAGUUUAUGAGAUAUUUUUGUUUUAAGCGACCGAGAGGUAGUAAUAUUUUGGCGGAGUCUAAAUCGUGUGUCUAUUUCAUUAAAAAUUUAAUUACUCGUCUACUAAUUAUUUAUUAAUUAUCAGAAUUAUUACAGUUUAGUUUAAAAAUUUAUGGUGGCCUGAAAAUAAAUCUUAAGUCGCUGUAAUAAAUUAAAUAACAAAUAUAAAUAAUAAUAAAAGUUCCAGCAGGUCACAAUAUUAAUGACAAGUUAACUAAUGAUUAAAUGACUACCCUUAAUAAUAACGUGCUCUAAUUAAAUUAUUAUUAUUGUUGUUAUUUUUUGAAUGCCCAUUAAAAUACGUUACUCAAGUGUUUUUUUUUUUUCUUUCAAUUUACAUUACGGAUCAGCUGUUGGGUUUAGGAAAAAAUUAAUGAAAUCUUUUUUGUAGAGAAUUUAAUUUGCUGUAGAUUUACAUCAAUAUGUUUUUGAGGUAUCUUUGAUAGUUUAGUAGAUAUUUUUAAUUUUAUGUUUGAAAAGUUAAAAAAAUAUGAAAAACUUAUUUAUGGUGCUUGGAAUUGAGUUUCUGAUUGAACUAUCAAAGAUACGAUAAAAAAGUACUGAGAUAAAUUUGCAGGGAACUUAAUUUCCUAUAAAAAAGUACUGAAAAUUUUUUUCUAAACCCAAUAGUUACUAAAAUAAAGUAAUUAGUUUUAAAAUAAUCUUAAUUACAACUUUUAAUUGAAAUAGUUUUUAAAUUUUUUUUAGCAAGUACGUUAAAUUGAAAUAUCUUUUAAACUUCUGAGUUUACACACAAAAUCAAUCAUACUUUUUUUGUAGAAAAUUAAGUUUCCUACAAAAAAGUACUCGUGAACUUUUUUGCUAAACCCAGUAGUUUACGAGUUAUCUGAGGUAAUUAUUAGAGGUAUAGUAAAAAUGGUAAAAAAAGUCAGUUGUAGGAAAUUAAAUUUUGACGAAAAUUUAAUAUUUAGGUCACAAUUUUUAUUUAAAGUAUUCAGUUCUCAGAGGUCAUAAAAAUUUUUUUAUUUAAAAAUAAAAAUUACCCAUAAACUAUCAAAGAUUGGGUGAAAUUUCUCACCAUUUUGGUUCUCCAUAAAAUUAAAAAAAAAAAAAAAUUUUCUUCCAAACUAUCAAAGGAACAUCAAAAGUCAUCAGAACCAUUUUUGUUGGCCAUAAAAUUCUCUACAAAAAAUUUUCUCACAACUUUUUUCCCAAACCCAAUGUCACCCUACAAUUUCCAUUUAAAAAAAAAUUUUAAAAAAUGAAUCUAGUUUAAAUUACUCUAUACAUUUUUAUCACUCACUAUCGCUUUAAUAAUUAAUUAUGCAGAUGCUUGCUUAAAUUACUCAUAUCAAUUGUUACUAUAAAUUGUACAUUAUAUAAUACUCCAUUAAAAUAAACCACUGAAAUUA